AUGGAUGUAAAAUCAUUUCUUUUCUCUUGGUGUUCAAAAAAAGGCAUAACGCCAUUAUUCGAUAUCCGUGGGACAGGGCCAAAACACCGACAAAGAUUUCUCUGUGAAGUUCGUGUAGAGGGCUUCACCUACGUGGGUGCUGGCAACUCUGUUACUAAGAAGGAGGCACAAAAAAAUGCCUCCAGAGACUUUAUUAACUACUUAGUACGGUCUGGUGAGCUAUCUGCUGGUGAAGUACCUGAAGAUGUUAAUGUUAAGCCCGAACAAGAAGAUGUUGGAAACCAAGUUUCUGAACAAUCCCAACAGCCUAGACCAGUGUUUCAGGAAGGAAUGGGCCCACAAAGUAUGGGUCAGGCAUACCAUGCCAUUGGUGGCCAAAGCCAAAACUUCACUUACAUGGAUCGUCUGCAACAACAGAAGAAUGUAGAAGAUGCUGAGGAUCUUGAUGUGAAUGCUAGCCUUCAUGGCAAUUGGACAAUGGAAAAUGCAAAGUCAAAACUUCAUCAAUUUAUGCAGAUGAAUAAAAUUAAUGCUGAUUAUAUGUACAAGGCUGUAGGUCCUGAUCACACACGGAGUUUCUGCUGUGAAAUGACAAUUUUUGUGAGGGAGUUGGGACGUAAUGUGACUGGACGGGAGACUGCUUCUAACAAACAGACUGCAAGCAAGUCUUGUGCUCUGUCUAUUGUGCGACAAUUGUACCAUCUUGGAGUUAUUGAGGCAUUUAGCGGCACUUUGAAGAAAGACAGGUCUUCUGAAGGUCUCAUGAAACCAUAUCCAGUUGCAAUAAGUCCACAACUUGAGGAACAAAUUGAGGAAACUUUGGAAGAUUUGGGGAUUGAACCAGUCAAUGUAGAAACAGCUGCAAGUCAACCUACCCCAGAAGGCCAGGAAGGACCUGUAGCUGUGACAUUACUGCAGGUGGACCGAGUGAAAGCUAUGAGAGAAGCCAGACCCACCCCUGGUGGAGUGGUAUCUUGGUCGCCGCCACAGCAAAACUGGAAUGCGUGGACUGGUUGUAAUAUUGAUGAAGGUCCACUUGCGACUUCUAGCUUGGACGACAUAAGCAUUGACUUAGAGAAACAUCACAGAGAUGCUAAUCAAAACAGUCAACUUUACCAGGAAAGCAUGCGAGAAAGGGAGCAGUUGCCAGUAUACGCAAUGCGAUCUGAAAUAAUGGAAGCCAUUAAUGACAACUCUGUUGUUAUAAUCAGGGGCAAUACUGGUUGCGGUAAAACAACACAGGUGUGCCAGUUCAUCUUGGACGAUUACAUAGCGAGCGGGCAAGGUGCGUGGGCUAAUAUUUGCGUUACGCAACCGCGUCGUAUUUCCGCCGUCAGCGUGUCAGAGAGGGUUGCCAGUGAACGAUGUGAAGAACUGGGCAACAGUGUCGGGUAUUCAGUUCGGUUCGAAUCCGUACUCCCGCGACCCUAUGGCUCUAUAAUGUUCUGCACCAUAGGUGUGUUGCUUCGGAAACUUGAAGGAGGCUUGAGGGGAGUUAGCCACGUUUUAGUUGACGAGGUGCACGAACGUGACGCCGAUACUGACUUCGCGCUGAUUCUCCUCCGCGACAUGGCCCAUACCUAUCCUGAUCUUCGAAUCAUCCUUAUGUCUGCCACUGUGGAUGUCACUCUGUUUAAAAGCUACUUUGGUGAUUGCCCAGUUAUUGAGGUCCCGGGCCGAACAUACCCAGUAAAACAAUACUUCCUUGAAGAUUGCAUCGAGCUUACUGGCUUCGUGCCGCCUCCAGAUACCCGCAAACGCAAAUCAUCAGGCAAGAAAGCUAACAAGGAUGACGAUGACGAUGAUGAUGAAGGUUUAGGAGAAGAACCAGAGGAGGACUUAAAUAAAACCUGUCAACUUGACGACAAUUACUCACAAUCAACCAAAGAUGCUAUAACCAAAUUAUCUGAGAAAGAUCUUAGCUUCGAAUUAAUAGAAACUAUAUUACUAUACAUUAAAAACUUAGAAAGCGAAGGCGCCAUCUUAGUUUUCCUGCCGGGUUGGAAUCUGAUAUUUGCAUUGAUGAAACAUUUAUUAAACUCGAGCGUCUUUGGGGACAGUUCCAAAUACGUCAUACUGCCGCUGCAUAGUCAAAUCCCAAGGGAAGAUCAGAAGAAAGUUUUUAUCACACCACCUCUUGGCCUCACUAAGGUAAUCUUAUCAACCAACAUAGCGGAAACUUCAAUCACGAUCAAUGACGUGGUGUAUGUCAUAGAUUCAUGCAAGGCGAAAAUGAAACUGUUCACGUCUCACAACAACAUGACUUCCUAUGCAACUGUGUGGGCUAGCAGGACCAACCUCGAACAGCGUAAGGGUCGAGCGGGUCGUGUCCGUCCCGGCGUGUGCUUCACGUUAUGUUCGAAAGCGCGCUUUGACAGACUUGACGAGCAUCAAACUGCUGAGAUGUUCCGUACUCCGCUUCACGAACUGGCUCUCAGCAUUAAGCUUCUCCGUCUAGGCAGUAUUGGUCACUUCCUCUCGAAGGCACCAGAACCUCCACCAUUGGACGCAGUCAUUGAGGCGGAGGCCUUACUUCGCGAGCUAGGCUGUCUCGACGCCAACGAUGCUCUCACCCCGCUUGGCACUAUACUGGCCAAGUUGCCAAUCGAACCCCGUCUGGGUAAAAUGAUGGUUCUGGGAUUUGUGUUCGGCGUGGGCGACGCAUUAACCACAAUGGCCGCCAACUCCACCACAUUCCCCGAAAUCUUCAUCGUGGAAGGUCGCCGAAGGUUGUCCAUGCACCAACGUGCGCUAGGCGGAGACAGAGCGUCCGAUCAUGUGGCUAUGCUUAAUGCUUUCCAGAUGUGGGAGCGAGAACAUUCAAAGGGCGAAGAUGCUGAAAUAAGAUGGUGCGAGUGGAAAGGCGUGCAACAAACCACUCUACGUGUCACAUAUGAAGCUAAAUACCAACUUACAAACAUACUGACAACUGCCAUUGGAUUCCCUGAGGAGUGCUGUUUACCCCAGAGAUGGGUUCCCACUGGACCGGACCCAAUUCUUGACCAAGUGAUUGCUUUGCUUUGCAUGGGAUUGUAUCCCAAUGUGUGUUUACAUCAAGGGAAGAGAAAGGUUCUAACUACCGAAGGAAAACCGGCUCUAAUCCACAAGACAUCGGUGAACUGCAGUAACCAAGAGCAAAAGUUCCCGUCUCCGUUAUUCGUGUUUGGUGAGAAGGUGCGAACGCGCGCCAUCAGCUGUAAGCAGACCACUAUGGUGUCGCCGCUGCAUAUACUGCUGUUUGGCAGCACGAAAGUUGAGUGGGUGGACAAUGUAGUCCGUCUGGACAACUGGCUAAACUUCAAGAUGUCACCCCGCUCGGCAGCUUUGGUAGUUGCUCUGCGACCAGCAAUAGAGAAGUUGGUGGAACGGGUGGCUGCUGAGCCAGACGCAGCCCUCAAUUUCUCACCUUCAGAAAAAAAGGUGCUGCACUGUCUUAAGUCGCUUUGCGUCUUUGACGCCGGUGAUUAUAACAUUCAGCGUGACGUCAGCACGCCUACCUUCAGAGUGGAUGGAGCAAAAAGAGGGGCGGGAAGAGGUUGGGGUACCAGUGGACUCAGAGGCAAUUUCGGAAGCGGAUUUGGAAAUCAAGGAGGCUUCGGAAAUAGAGGAGGAGGCAUUGGAAACAGGGGAGGUUUCGGAAACAGGGGAGGCUUCGGAAAUAGGGGCGGCUUUGGAACUAAGGGCGGAUUCAGUAACCAAGGCGGCUUCGGAAAUAAAGGCGGGUUUGGUUAUCAAGGUGGUUCUGGAAAUAAUGAUUAUUUUGAUGGUGGAUCAGGAAACGGUGGCAAUUAUGACGACAGUGGCUAUGGUAAUGGAAGUGGAUUCGGAAAUAAGAGCGGCUUUGGGAAAAGAGGCGGUUUUGGAAAUGAUGGAGGAUCUGGAAAUUGGAGUAGCUUUGGAAAUGGGAGUGGUUUUGGUAAUAAGAGUGGUUUCGGUAAUGACGACGGCUUCGGAGAUGGAGGUGACUACUCUAAUUCAGGGGGCUUCAACAAUAGAAGUGGUUUUGGUGGUAGAAGAGGUUUUGGUAAUAGGAGGCGUGGUGGUUGGAACUAA